AGCCGAGAGCCUAGCGUCGAGCCACGAUUAGUAUACCGCCAGGCCAGGACUGUAGGUGAAGCGACAGCCGGGAACGUUCGUCAGGCCCAACAACAGCUCGAACCUCUGUCCGAAGGUCCUAGUGAGAUGGCAGAUAACGACGGCCGUCAACAGUCGGCAGCAUCUGAAGAUGAGGAGGUCUUCGACUCCGACUCUGCACCGAUAGAAACAUUCUCUCAGACUGAACUACAGCGACUCAACCCUGUCGAAAUGGAAAGCAAUUUGGAAGAGCUCAACGGACGAGCCAGAAGACUUCUUGGUAGCUUCAAAACGCGCACCGGACAACCCAACGAGCUACAGUCACUCAUCCGCGAAUUGCAAGAUCCUGGUUCAAAUCAAAGACAGAGGGCAGAUGAUUGCCGGGAUGCACUGGAACUCACGCGAGCAGUGUUCACUCGUGGUGCAGAAUACCUCAAACUUGACACCAUUCUUCGCGGCUUACUAAGAAAACGAAACACACAGCCAUUGCCUAAAGCCCCCCGUCCCUGGAGACCAGAUGAUGUGAUCUGCAAAGCAAACCUAGCUAUCUUCGUGCAUACCAUCAUGACACAGUCUUUCAACGAAGGUCUCGUAGAUGCCUUGUUGUCUCUCGACGAGUCCUUCCCCUCACUUUUUGUGGUUGGAUUCACUAGACCUGGAGCUCGAAUGCAGGCAGGCUACAGCGCACUUAUCAAAGCCACAUUCGAAUUCGCUCUGGAACUUAGGACGCAAGUACUUGCUGGUAUGCUCAAUGCUGACAUGUCUCAAGAUGCAGCUGCAGAGAUGAUCCAGAACGCAAUGCUCAAUUUCAACAAGAAUCCCGAUAAGUAUGGGGAUGACUUGGAAGGCGUUCUGAGUCUCCAAACUGCUCUUUCAAGCAACAGCCAUGCUAAAGGAUGGGACAUGCUCGACCCUCAUGCUUUUGGAACCAACGAGUAUGCCGACAUGAUCAUGCAACGCACUGAAGAGAUCAGACGACUACUUUUCAGUGAUAUCGAAAAUCCCUUCGCUAGCACGUCGGAGAGCUUGGAAUCUGGCUUGACCAAAUUGCGAGAAGAAUUCCCUCAAGAGCGAUUCCGGAAACACCUCUUGCGAUGGACCAACUUGCGCCUCUCGGAGAUCGAUAGUAGUAUCAAAAGAUUAGGUGGUAUAGAUGAGAUUGUCACUGCCUUGGAGGAUGAAAUCAGGCAACGUCUUGACAAUCCAGACGCAUACAACGAUGAGCAUCUGAAUCGGGCAGCAUCACCAAGCCUCGAAUUUAAUGCUCCUGCGAUACAAAACAAUGCUCCAUCAGUACCAACUUCAAGCACAAAGGUAGCGGCAAGACCAUCGGUUCUAUUCAGGGGCCGUCCAAACACAUCUGCUAGUGCUCCAACACCCUCUACUGCACGUGAAGAGCCGAUCCCAAACACAGCACAAAACGACGAUCAAGUCGCUGACGACGCAACGUCAUCCGCUGUUCUGACACAGGACCGUCCCAGAUUGACCGGGAAGCUGGCGAGAGCAAACGCACUUGACGAACAAGAACGUCGAAAACGGAGAUUCAUCGAUGAACAAGCCAAUGGUGUGAGAAUCGUCGAUGACAUACUCAAUUCUCAGCCUUCGGUUAGACAAGAGAUGGAAAUUGACCCAGUACUGGAGGGCGAUGUGCAAGACCCGAGUGAGGAUGAGGGCUUUCAAGUAGACCAGCGUAAUCUUGCUGGUCGCAGACCUGCACCAAGACCAUCAGCUGCGCUCAGACAAACCCCAGCUCCAACAGAGAGCACACAGCCAGCACGUCGACGCGACAGGACUCCUGAGCAUGACAGUCCAAACAAGCGACAGCGAAGAAACCCUGGUCAGUCCAUCGUAACCUUUCGAUCUACUGGAGACGAUGUUGUAGACUCCUUCAAUCUCGCAUCUGUACGCACUCGGCAGAUCAAUGCAGCGACCAUCAAACCACAAAGAGGACGCAAACCAUGGACUGACGAUGAAGUGGGAGCUCUACUCAGAUUGAUCAGAGAUCACGGUAUAUCCUUCGCUUUCAUCAAGAGCAUCGAUGAAGGGAAGGUCAAUCCAGAACUCGAGGAUCGAACAGCCGAAGACAUUCGCUUCAAAGCUAGAGAGAUCAAGCGGCCCCUUCCUGAGAACUUGGGACACGUCCCCUUGGGCAAGAAGGAGAUUGAGAAAGUCAAGCAGCACGUCCCCUACGAGCAGAAACCUCUACGUGCGCGUGCUCGCAUCGCUUCGAUUUCGCCGAGACCAUCAGCAGAGUAG